AUGGAGGAGGAGCUUGGAAUCAUGGCGCCGGAUGGGAGGGCACUGACUGCUGAUGCCAGGCCAGCCUACCUGGAGGACUGGUCACUGAGUAGCAAACUUGCAUACUUGGUUUCCCAGCUCAAAAAGAAGCAUAGAACUUUGCAUAAAGGUCUAUGCAAGAAGACUGUCAUCUAUACCCAAUGGAGGUGUUUCAUGGAGUGGAUCAAGAUUGCUUUGGAUUGUAACGGCAUUGGCAGCAGCACCUUGCACGGUGACAUGACAACUCAUGAGAGGACAUGCCAACUCAACAGAUUCAAGAACAAUAACAACAUUGAGGCCUUUAUAGUAUCUAUUGAAGCUGGAGGUGUGGGCUUGAAUAUGACCUGUGCUGACGAGGUCUAUCUGAUGUAA